UUUUACAGAGUUGGCGGAGGAGCUUGUUUAGAUAGGGCGCAUUUGUGAAUUAUUGGGAGCAGAGAUGUUCAAUUCGUGGAUUAAGAAUUUGGAGCUGAUCCCAGCGUCAGAGGGUCUUGAAAGCACGAACGUGCUGCGCAAGUUCCCCCACCAGGUUAAGAAGAUUUUGGUGGCGGAGGUGGUGUCACAGUUGUUCGAUCAGGAGAUUGUGGAUAGCCUGACGACGCCGGCGCAUGUGAGGUGGGUGUUAGAGGUGGUGGGGCACGGUUUCGCGUUGCCAAUGGAGAAUUUGACAGUUAUCGAGCAGUGUGUGGCGAUUUACAGGAAUUGGUUGGUGAAGGGUGGGCGAGCGCCGAAGGGGUUCGAGGGGUUUGAGCAGAGUUUUUGGAGGGAGAUGUUUGGUCACCUGAGUUAUUUGUUCGAGCCGCGGGCGAGCGACGGGGAGGCGAUCAAAAGCCAGAUACGGAUAUGCAAGUAUGCGUUGGAGGAGGUGAUGUACGCGAACGUGAAGGGGAACAAGAAGGAGUUGAGCAGGGAGACGUGGAGUCAUUACAUACUGCUGGCGUUGGGGACGGUGGAUGGGAUAUUUAAGAAUUUUCAGGUGGAGAUGGGGCACGUUGGGUCGGGAGCGUUGUUCAAGGCGUUGGCGCCGCUGUCAUUUAGGCUGUUGAUGGAGUAUUUCUUGUAUUCGGAGACGAUGGAUGAGGAGUUGUGGGAGAAGUUCGUGCGGUUGGCGAGAGAUUGGAUAGACACGUCGAUUUUCGAGCACUGGAAUGCGGUUUUGUACGGUUUGACGAGAAGGGCGCUGACGUUGAUGUAUGGGGAGUGGUCGGAGUCGGCGGAGUGUUUGGAGGUGGAGUGGACGAAUGGGGAUGGCACGGUGACGAAGAGACAGGUGGAGGCGUCGGGGGAGUUCGUGUUUUUCGCGCUGAACUGGGUGAUGAACGCGAUACCGGAGCCGGUGGAGUUGAGGAACGCGGCGGUGCACAUGACGUUUUUCCGGGGCGUGUUCAAGGUGGUGGACCUGUAUUUGGAGUUGGGGGACGUGGGGAGUGGGGAGAAGCGGUACCCGAGCAGGAGCGACGUGUUGGAGUUGUUUGGGGGGUGGAUUUUCAAGACGUUGUUGGCGGACGAGGCGGAGUUGGACGAGGGGAACGCGUUGGCGGCGGCGAGUAUGUGUAGGAUUUAUUGCGCGACGAGUUUGUGUGGGGAGAGGUUUAGGGAGUCGUUCAAGAGGAUGGAUUUGGCGAGGUUUUACACGGUGUUGAUGUCGAUUUUGACGAAGUCGGGGGUGACGAGGGUGCUGUGCACGACGUUGGUGUCGGUGAGUCAGUUGUUUUUGAAGGAGUUUGACGGGGCGUACGUGUUGGUGCCGUUUUUUUUGUACGCGUUCGUGUGUAUAUGGAAGUCGAUGUUGGCGGACCCGAACGUGAGGAGCGCGUGCAUUAACUUGUUGGCGACGGUGUUGUGCGUGAGUGAGCAUUUUUCGGCGUUGCCGAGGGGGGAGGUGGAGUUGUUUGAGAAGAGGGAGGGGGUGGAGAGGGUGAAGCCGUUCGCGACGUUGCCGUUUGCGGUGGAGUUGGAGUUUGAGUCGCCGAGGACGGUGUCGGUGUUUUCGGACGUGAGGCCGCAUUUGGCGUCGGUGUUGGCGUUGGCGUUGGUGAGGGAGGACAACGUGAAGAACGUGGUGAAGUUGUUGUCGUUGGUGAUGCCGUUGGUGUUUGACGGGGACCCUGAGGACGAGAGGAGUGGGGAGUUGGCGAGGUACAUGGUGUCGGUGGUGUUGAGGAAGGUGAGGGAGUUGGGGGGGGGGCAGAGGAGUUACGGGGCGGUGGUGAUGGCGAACGCGGUGUUGGAGUCGUUGACGGGUUGGAGGGGGAGGUGUGCGACGAGGUGCAUGGUGGAGUUGGCGGAGAGGGUGGUGGAGGGUUUGGUGGAGCAGUUGGAGGGUGGGGAGGACGAGAAGGCGUUGGGGCCGGCGUUGAUGGCGCUGAGUGAGUGGUUGUCGGUGGGGGGGGAAGUGACGGGUGGGUUGAGUGUGGAGUUGAGGGAGAGGUUGGUGGAGGUGGUGUUGAAGAUAGGGAAGUCGGGGGACGUGAGGAGGUGGAGAGAGUCGAUGUACGCGUUGGAGAAGUUGUACAGUCAGAUAGAGACGGAGUGGGGAGGUGGGGAGUUGUUGGGCGAGGCGAGUUGGGAGAGGCAUUUUUUGACGAAUGGGUUUGCGAUUAUGAGCGUGGUGGAGGCGGGGGGGGGUUGUUACUUGACGCUUCGGAACGAGUUUGGACGGAAGACGUGGAGGGUGGAGAGGAGGUUGUACGACGAGUUGGAGAGGGGGCAGGCGGUGGAGGUGUUGGGAGAGGGGGGGAAGGCGGAGGAGGUUAUGGGGGGGCGAGCGGAGGAGGUUGGAGAGGAGUUGAGAAGUUACUUGGCGCAGAGGAGGGAGGCGCGAAGCGGGGCGAUUGGGUGGAUUGAGGACUAUAUGGGGGAGGAGAGGAAGUACGAGGUGAAGGAGAGCGAGUGCAUGGGGGAGGAGAGGAGGUGGAGGGCGACGAGUGGCCAGGGUCGGUUGUUCCUGUCGAAUUUGGGGUGUUUGUCGCCGGGAGAGUACGAGAAGCUGACGUUGUUGGAGGAGAGUGAAAAGUUGAAGGAGGAGUUGGAGGAGUUGGACAAGAUACCGGAGCGGGCGAGGCUGCAGAUUGGAGUGGGGGAGGGGGCGAGGGAUUUGGACGCGGUGCGCGGGCCGGUGACGAUUGUGUGGAGCGAGGGGACGCGGUACCGGCCGCUGGGAGAGGAGCGGGGCAAGUUCGUGCACAUCGUGAUUAGUCCGAUGGAGUGCGGGUUGUUUUGUGUACAGAUUUAUGCGUGGAAGAACAAAGUGAUUUUGGGGAUGCCCCUGGUGAACAACACGGUGCUGUCCCGCCGCGCGCUGGGGGUUACCGUUAGACACGCGUCGAUAGCCGCCGCGAGGUACUUGCAGCCGGAAAAGACGUCGUUGGCGCAGGCGGAGAAGAGGCACGCGAAGAUUCGCCAAAUUUCCUCGGCUCACGCGAGGCCGAUGUCUUACUGCGACUUCGUGUCGCGCAUUAUGCUGGACCGGUGGGCCCCGUUUCCCCAGGAGGAGCAGGAGGGCGACAACACCUCGCCGCCGUCCGACAAGUCCUUCGUUCAGUCUAUGAAGGAGCCGCUCAACCUGUCAUUCCCCGACCUGAGCAACCCCCGUCCGCUCUCGUCUCCCCCGAGGCACCCCGAGCAGUCCUAUCCCCUGCUGUCCUUGGACGCGUCCUCGCUGCAUCCCGAUUCCAUCAAGCGCCAGGGCUCGAAGACCUAUCUCCGGGCCUCCUCGCCCGGCGGGUUCGCCUUGUUCAAAAAGGACAGGAAGAAGAAAUAA